AUGGACCCAGCUUAUGUGAAGUUUAUGAUGUGCCAGUGCCUGUUAAAUCGGGCGGAUUUUGGUUUAUCCGUUGGCUGCAUGAACUUGGUGUACUCCGUAUUCCUGCUCCUUUUCUGGCUCGUGGAGCUCAUCAAGUCCCUGGACAAUUAUCCCGUCAAGUGGGUGGUACUAUAUGGCUUUAAUAUCAUGUUCAAUGUGAUCACCAUGAUGAGGAUCGUGAAACGGGAGAGCGUCUCGGUAUUCUACUGGGCCUGCGGAACGGGUGCCCUUCUGAUUUUCCGUAUUUACCAUCUCUACUAUGUGCCAGAUAUAUUUUAUCUGGCGCGAUGUGAAUUGUACAUAAUAUCUAAUAUAUUUGUGGAUGUUUACAUUGUCCUAUCCCUGAUGGUCAUGGUUUAUGUGAUGUGCGGCCUGUACCUGGAACCGGAUCGCAUGUUUCCCAAGGAGGACAUGGCCAAUAACUACAUAUAUAAUCCCGAAGCAGCAUCCCAAAAUGUGGGAACACUCCAUGAGAAGCUCAAGGAAAAGCGACUGGAAAUGACAAGGGAAAUGGAAAUUAUGGCUGAAGUGGAGCAUAAGGAUGAGGUGAAAGAUGACUCCGAAAUGGAUGAGCUAAACCGAAAGGUCAUCCUCAAACUAGCUGCAAUUAUGGAGGACGAUACCGAGUCCACUCCUGGUACAUCCUGUGAGCCCACCGCUCCCGAUGAGGCGGAUUCUUACAGCCAGGAGUUGUUUCCCGAGCCAACAGCUCCGCCGGAAAGUAAACUCUCCUUUGAUGAGGAUUUUCAUUGCGAGUUCCAGGUUAACUACGAAUCGACUUCUAUUCCGCAAGAUUUAAAUAUCGAUCUCAUUAAAAAAUAG